AUGUGGGUACUAACAGGAUAUUAUGGCAUAAUCAAUAGCAUAUGUUCCCCCGAGCAGAUGGGAAAUGAAAGUCUGCAGUCUUCCACGCUAGAACUUAACAACAGUACUAUAAAUAUCAUAUGGGCCCAGGCAGAUUUCUCCGAACUGUAUAAUGUUCUUCAGAAAGUCAAAGAAAUGAAAAAGAACAGCGCUGAUCUUGUUUACGUCAACUCCACCAAUCAUCGCAUCAUAAUGACAAUUUCAAAUCUGAAUACCACGCCUACACUUCACCUGAAUGAUGUAGAUCAAGAAAGCGUGGAGAGUCUUGUGGCGCCAGAAAAGUAUCCCUAUUGCCAUGAAGUAAAACCAAAGCUUCACAAUACUCCCACGGAAGCCUGCUUAUCAAUCAAAUUUGGAGAAAAUUAUUUUGAUGAGGAAACACUUUCGGUUAUGGUGGCUCGAAUACUGACGCAUCUGCAUUGGAAAUCUACAAUAACAUUCUUUGAAAAUGCAACUGCGCACAAUGUUGGAAAAAUCUUGGAAAGAGUGAACGAGAUUGGAGUUAAUCAUAGAACUUAUAAUGUUGACAGUUUGAAGGACGCAGAGGAAAUUCGGGGGGUACUUGAUUUAAUUCAUAGUGAAUUUACUGAAGGAAUGGCAAAUAUUACUCUUGUCUGUCAACUGAACUGUACACGCCGUGUACUGAAUGAG